ACCAGUGUUUACAGAUGAAGAUACAACGUAUUUCUGACAAGACAUGCCGUUUUUAGCUAACCUAGCAAAGAUUACCGAAUGGUUGUAUUUAUGUGGAGCCAGUGGAGUUACAAACGAAAAAUUAAGAGACGCCGGAAUCACUGAAGUAAUAAACUGUACUCUAGAUGUUCCGAAUGUUGACUUACCAGAAAUAAAGACGACUCGAAUAAAAAUCGACGAUUCGCCGCACGCUCCAUUGCAAAAACAUUUUGAAAGUGUGGCAGACCAUAUUGACUCUGUAAGGUCUAAUGGCGGGAAAAUUCUUGUCCAUUGUGUGGCUGGGGUCAGUAGGUCAGUGACAUUAUGCAUAGCUUACUUAAUGAAAUUCCAGAAAUUGACUUUGGUCCAAGCACACAAAGAAGUUAUUAACAGAAGGCCGAUUAUAAGACCAAACAUGGGUUUCUGGAAACAGCUGAUCGAAUACGAGAAGAUUUUACAUGGAAAGAAUACGGUGGAAAUGGUACCAUCGCCUAUUGGUUUCAUUCCGGAUAUUUAUCAAGAUCAAACGAGAAACAUGUGGUCAUUCAUCUAACUGAUAAGCGAAUAAUUAUGGUGCAGAUAUAUUUAUUGGUGAAUAAUAAUUCAGAUUGCAAUGUGCAAAUGUUUUGAAAAGUUAAUGAACAAAGACUAUUGUCUGUUGAAAAAGAUAUAUGUAAUUUAUUUUGUUAAGAGACCGUGUUUUGGUGUGCAAUAGACAAGUUUGAAUAUGACCAUGAUUGAAAUUAUGCCCGAAAA